CCAGUCAAGACAGUGAAAGGUUUAGGUUCGAGCUGAUAUUUGUCACCUUCAGCCUUUCUGUUUUCCAGCUCUACAUGCACUCGGUGAUUAGUGGACAGGUUCCGAGCUGCUGUGUAUCGAUUGUAUCAUAUAGAUUGAAUUGUAUGCCGUGUGUGCUGCAGUGGCCACUCCCUGUGUGUUACAGCUAAUUUCGCUUAUUAAAAUACUGCAUCCGGAGGGAAGCCCAGUCGGCCAUUGGGCAUCUGACAUCACGUGAACCCGUGGUCAUGUGGUCAGCGAGGUAAUGGAAUGGAGGAUAGGAGAAGAGUAGGGUGGGGUGGGUUUCUCUCUCUUUCUCUCUCUGUCUCUCUCCCUCCGUUUGUGUGUGUGUGUGUGUGUGUGUGUGUGUGUGUGUGUGUGUGUGUGUGUGUGUGUGUGUGUGUGUGUGUGUGUAAAUCUAGACAGUUAUAUUCCGCCAAUAAUUCACGGUCGACAUUAUACCGCCCCAGGUCAACAAAUCAACAGCGCCAAAUUAUGAGUUCGCUCCACUUCGCCAAUGCGCUGUUUUCCAAAUACCAACCAACCACUGCGAGCUGCUCCGCUCUGCUCUUCACAGACUCUUCAACUUCUGCUUCCCCGUCUUCCUCUGCUUGUCCUGCCGUGUCUUCUUCGUGCGCCCUCGUUUCCAGCGGAUAUCACCACCAUCAUGUCUCCAAUGGGAGAAGCAGCGGAAGACUCCCUUCCCCCCCCCCCUCCUCUUCUUCUUCUCCUUCCUCCUCCUUUCCCUCCUCAUCUACUUCCUCAUGGUUCUGUUUGUCUCUUUCGGGACUAAACGGGAACAGUGGGGGUACUCAGCCCGGAGCGCAUCCUCUGAACCCCGCAGAAUUACGCACAGGAGGUGCUUACAGCGCGCCGCCGGGAGCCGUGCCGCUGUGCUCCUCUAUGCAGAGAUGCGCCGCGGAGCGGUUCCCCAGUCGGCCUCAGCUCUGCUCAUUGGCCGCCAGGCCUCCCGAGCCGGCCUGCAGGAUGCAAAAACUCCCGAAGCAGCAGCAGCCCCAGCUAAACCUAGAGAGGCUACGGAUUUACCCCUGGAUGAGAAGCUCAGGUGCCGAGAGGAGGCGCGGCCGGCAGACGUACACGCGCCACCAGACGCUCGAGCUGGAGAAGGAGUUCCACUUCAACCGGUACCUCACUCGGCGGCGGAGGGUGGAGGUUGCGCACGCGCUCUGCCUCACGGAGCGGCAGAUCAAGAUCUGGUUCCAGAACCGGCGGAUGAAGUGGAAGAAGGAGAACAGGGUGGCUGAGAGCGGCUCCCCAACAGCAGCUCUACCGACGCCUGAAGAACAAGAAGAGGAGGCUGAUGAAGAGGAGGAAUAAAUAGUAACUCCACUGGACACUUUUAGAUAACAAAUACUAACAAAGUUAUAUUUUCGUUGGUGGUGUAGACUUCCCCGAUAUUAAAAAAGUGACCUUCGCUCUGCAGUCAUGUUGUUAGCAACCAGCAGGCAACUGCCAGUCUGAGAAACUUGCAGAGAAACUUACACCUUACAACUAAAAUUUACACCAAUGUAGUCAUAUGCUGUAGUGUUUAGAUGGUUCUAUUUAUUUCAGGAUAAAUAAAAGGCAGCCUAUCCUCCAAAUGAUGGGCCUACAAGGUCGUUUUACUACCAUCUUAAACCAUGUUAACAUCACAUUUUAGAAAAUAAUCUUCAUGAUUUAGCUCACCGUGUCUCUUAAACCGGUCCUAAUAGUGGAGAAACAGCAGAGGGAGAAAUCAGGAAAUGAGGAUAAUAAUUUUCCUUAAGCUUCCAUUUCUGUGCGGUUUCCGCAGUUGCAGUUCAGGUCUUCUAGAACUCAGAUGGAAUCGUUUUAUGUUAUGACAGCACCUUUCUCAUCUGAUCUGCAGCAGAAAGCGACAAAAUAGUUGUUGUGGGUACAGCGCUUAUUGUAAUGUAUUGUAAGGAAACCGGUGCAUAAUCCUUCCAAGUGAAACGACGUAGGGAUGAAAUUACUGUUUCGUGUUGCAUUUUUUUGGGGGGGGGGUAUUACACUUAAACAUCUCCAUGGGUUCAACUCAGGACUGUCACCAGGGCUCUAACCAGGCUUUAAAUUUAUACUGAGGUCAUGAAUCCCUCGCUGACUUCACCAAGCAAACUCUGUACACUUUCCUAGCUAUUUAAGAAAGAACCACAUGAUUUCACAUUUUAUUACUUUAACUUUGAAUUUCUGUUCAGUUUCUUUAUGGUCUCAAAAAUAUCUGAAAGCCUUCUCUACAGGCAUGUAUUCCUAAUGGAGGAUGUGGAAACCUUUUAAAUAAUUUAUUCUUUUGCCUAAAAAACAGUUAUUGUUGAAGCUAUUUAGUCUAAUCUAAAUCCCACAAAUAUCAAAAUAAUUAAAAAAAAAAAAAAAAAAA